AUGGCGACCGUUCUCGAGACCGACCCACGCGUCCUCUUCCGCCACGCCGAUCUCAGCAUCGAGCCGUUCAUCAAGCUCGACCUCGGGAUCCGACUCGACCACGACUCUCAGCUCUGUCCCGACUUUGUCCGCACCGGUUCCUGUCCGAAAGGCGCUCUCUGCCCACUGCGCCAUGUCCAGCCUUCGCCGCUCAACUUCCAGCCUCCACCGCCUAUACCGCAGAACGCGCAUGGCAGGACCGUGUGCAAGCAUUGGCUCCGGGGACUGUGUAAGAAGGGCACGACGUGCGAAUUCAUGCACGAGUAUCACCUGAGGAAGAUGCCCGAGUGUUGGUUCUUUGCCAAGUACGGGUUCUGCUCGAAUGGCGACGAGUGCAUGUACCUGCACGUGACGGACGAGAUGCGCAUUCGCGAGUGCCCGCGGUAUCGCAAGGGCUUCUGCCCCGACGGCCCCGACUGCAAGCUCAAGCACGUGCGGAGAGUAAUGUGCCCGGACUACCUCGUCGGAUUUUGCGCAAAGGGCAAGGACUGCCCGUUCGGACACGCCAAAUUCGAGCCCGAGCCCGAACCGCCCGCGUCGUCCACCCGCAUCCCCGACGUCUCGGGCGCGCGGUUCCUCCCCGAAGCGACGUUCCGACUGUGGCGCAAAGACUGGCUCGAGCACGCUGCGGAUCCGACUGGGCGGAGUGGGAGCGGCGCGGCGAAUUGGGGGAGCGAUCGGGGCGGAGGGGGAGGGGGAGGUGGGUACGGUGGUGGAGGGGGAGGAGGGGGCGGAGGAGGAGGGAGGAGGGAUUUGGCGACGGUUCAGUGCUACAAGUGCAAGCAGAUGGGGCACUUUGCAAAUCACUGCCCGAACGGUGCAGCAGGCGGCGGAGGAGGCGGCGGCGGUGGUGGCGGUGGUAUGCGGCGGUACUAG